CCUCUCAAACACACUACCUCUGGUUCUGUUAUUGUAUUUCUCCGUUUGACUUCCAUAUUGUGCAAACAUUGAAGUAAAACCCUAGUUGAUUGCUUCUGUUGUGAAGAGAUCUAUAUCGAACAAUAAUCGCUUCUGAUGUAAACAUAUCUCCAUUGAACAAUAACACCUGAAGUUGAAUGUAUGAAUUACUUGGCCUAGCUUGAACCGUUUGCCCUUGAGCAGUGGGUGAUCACAGACACGCACGUAAGUACUGAUGUUUGUCUUCGCAUCAGUAAUUACGGAUAAGUUACAACCAAGUUGUUCCCAUGAAUGUUAAUAAAGGCAUUAUUGGUACAAUAUGAAGUGAAGAUAACCAAAAUAAACAUAUAUCCUGAGCAGCAAUGAUGAUGCCAUGAAAGACCACCUCGUGAAGAGAUUAUUGGCUAAUAAUGCUGAUGUAUUAAAGAAAGGUACUGGUGGCUGGAGAAAGGUGGUUGCAGCUUUUGGGGAGGACAUAUUGCUAGAAAAUGGGGAAGUGGAUCGACCAAAGUUGGGUCAGAUUGUAUUCACGGAUCCUUCAAAACGCCAGCUUCUUAAUAGGCUUCUUGCCUCAUACAUUUCAUAUGGCAUAUUAUGGGAAGUUUUUAAGCUAUGGAUAAAGGGUUGCAAUAUCAUUAUCCUUGAUGUUCCUUUACUGUUUGAGGCCAAGAUGGACAGGUGGACAAACCCAAUCAUUGUUGUGUGGGUUGAUCCUGAAACACAGCUGAAACGCCUCAUGGAAAGAGACAGAACAUCUGCACAAGAUGCUCAAAACAGGAUAAAUGCCCAAAUGCCUUUGGAUGAAAAAAGGUCUAAAGCAGACAUAGUGAUUGAUAACAAUGGGUCUCUAGAGGACUUAAAUGAAAAUUUUAGGAAGAUAUUAGAUCAGGUUAGCAAGCCCUUGACAUGGACUGAAUUUUGGCUUUCCAGACAAGGUGCUAUAGUGGCUAUUGUAUCAAUAUUUUCUGGUGUUCUUGGAUGCAAGAAGUUGGUUGCACGUUUGUGAUUCUACAUUUCUACUGUGAAAUUUGAAAAUUGAUAGAGUUGUAUGCAAAAUGAGUCCUUGUUCUUUGUGCCUUCAAAAUAGUGGACGAAAACUUCUCCCUUGUUUUAAAAAUUUAUGAAAGUGACCAAGAUUUAAUGGAAGUUGUUAUGAUUGCGUGUA